AUGGCACCUAGAAAUUCAAAUGCAAAUGCAAACUUAAAUGAAUCUCAAUCACAUCUUGAAUUUUCACAAGAUUCUAACAAUGUGUAUUAUCUCAGUUCAUCUGAUUUAAAUACUACAAAACUAGUUCCUAUAGUUUUUUCUGGUUCUGGCUUUGCUGAUUGGAAAGGAUCCAUGGUGAUUGCAUUAUCAGCUAGAAAUAAGCUAGGAUUUGUUGAUGGUUCUAUAUCGAAACCAUCUGGAAAUGCAAAUUUACUGAAAAUCUGGACUAGAUGCAAUGAUCUUGUUAUAUCCUGUUUUCUUGCUUCAUUAGAUCAAGUCAUUGCUAGAUCAAUAUUGUAUUUCAAAACAGCAAGAGAGAUUUGGCUUAAUCUUGAAGAAAGAUUUGGUAAUUUUUCUGGAACUGAGUUAUAUAGUCUGCAACAACAACUGAAUGAUGUAACUCAGGAAGAAGAUGAAAAUAUUUCAGAGUUUUUUACAAGAAUCAAAUCUCUAUGGGAUAUGAUUGAUGGUCUUGAUCCAAUUCCUGCCUGUGUGUGUACUGGUUGCAAUUGCAACAUAACCAAGCUCAUUCUGAAGUCACAACAGAAUGCUAGAUUGUUAUGUUUCUUAAUGAAAGCAAAUCAGAAGUAUGCUUUGGUCAAGAACUCUACUAAGAACAACAGUGAAGUUGUAGCUUUCACAGCAAGGAAGAUUGAUCAAAAACCUUACAAGCAACAAGCUGCCAGAGUUACAUUCAACACUAACAAUAACUCAGGCAACAAUUCUAGCAAGGUUCUCACUGGUAACAAAAGACCUUCACUCUUUUAUUGUGAUUACUGUAAAAUGGGAGGUCAUUCCAUGGAUAGAUGUUGGAAAAUUCAUGGAUAUCCUCCCAAUCAUAAGUAUGCCAAAGGCAAGAAAGUAGCAGCAGUUGCUCAUGGUGAAACAACUGAUGAUGAGAACAGUGAGAUGAUUCAAGCAUCAUUCACUAAAGAUCAGUAUGUGAAGUUGAUGGAUGCUCUUAAUCAACAUAACACUGCAGAUCAGACUGAACAUAAUGCUGGAGGUUCUCUUGGACUGGCAGCUAGUGCUCAACUAGCAGUAUCUGGUACCAAUCACUUCAUAACUAUACCUGAUGGAAGCAAAAUUCAGGUAAAACAUGUUGGAAACAUUAAAUUAGGUUCUCUCUUAGAGCUUAAAAAUGUUUUACAUGUUCCUGGUUUUCAUUUUAAUCUCAUUUCCAUUCCCAAAAUAUGUCAAGAUGAUUCUUACACAAUUAAAUUCACUCAUGACAAGUGUUUCACUCAGGGCCCUUUGAUGAACCACUGCAUGGUUCUUGGUGAGCUGGAGCAUGGUCUCUACAAAUUAAGUGAAGAUGUUCUUUCUUCUGCACCUCUUAAUGUUUCUACUAUAGAUAAUAAUGCUACUGUGUCUACUUCAAACCUUUCUACUUGUUUCACUGCUUGUAAUUUGGUUUCCUAUCAACAUUUUCCUUCACCUUCUAAGGCUUUCCUAGCCUCCUUGCUCAACACUAUUGAACCAACCAGUUAUCAUGAAGCUGCUAAGGAUCCAUUAUGGGUCAAAGCCAUGGAUUCAGAAAUUUCAGCCUUAACGGAUAACAAAACAUGGGAUGUUGUGUCUCUUCCUAAAGGCAAGAAACCUAUUGGUUGUAAAUGGGUUUAUAGAAUCAAAAGAAAAGCAGAUGGUUCCAUUGAUAGAUACAAGGCAAGGUUGGUUGCAAAGGGUUUCACUCAAAAUAUGGUAUAG